AACAAAAGACAGCAGAAGUGGUGCGCCAUGCAAGCCUAAAUUCGGUGAAAAAACCUUCUUUACCUUAAAAACUUAGACAUACUCAAACUGUCAUUAUCUGUCUCACACAAUCACUCACUCACUCACUCACUCACUCCAUGUGUUGUAAUUCUUGGAAGUCAGCGCGUCAUUGCUUCACCAGUCACCACCAACGCAACGGUGAUUAUCAUGAUCAUGAUCCCCUGCUGCUGCUGAUGAUGCUGAUCACCUUGUUGUAGUUCAAAAUCAUUGUUUCUCUUUCUGGGUUUUCUCUGUUUCCCACGAUGGUGUAAGACAAACUCAGAACGAGAGAGGGUCCUACUGCUUAAUUUUUAAGGGGCAUACACAGUCUCUGUCAAUGAUUUUAACUUGACUCUCUCUUUCUCUCUCUCUCUCUGACCCUUUUCUCAACGACCCUCCAAUCAGUAGUAUCAUAUUUUGAUCAAUAAAUCAAAACUACCCUUCUUCUCUUUUUCUCUGUCUAUUGUUUCUGGGUAUUUUUCAUUCACCACAAGGACCAUUUCCAUUUUGUUAUUCAUCACAAGCUCUGCCCUCUGCUCUCAAGACUGGAUCUCAUUCAUAUGAAGAGACUUUCAACUUCAACUCUGCUGGAUGUGUUUCUGGUACUUGCAUUGUUCAGUUGUUGCCCAUGGACAGUGUGGAGCAGCUCAAGCUGCAAUCAGAUAAACUUGAAGGAAGUUCGGCCGCAUAGUGUUAGUAUUACAGAAUUUGGAGCAGUUGGCGAUGGGAUCACUCUCAAUACCAAGGCAUUUCAGAAUGCCAUCUUCUAUCUCAAUUCCUUUUCAGACAAAGGUGGAGCCAAGCUUUUUGUCCCAGCUGGCCGGUGGUUAACCGGAAGUUUUGAUCUAAUCAGCCACCUCACUUUGUGGUUAGACAAGGAUGCUGUAAUUCUUGGAUCAACGAACUCUGAUGAUUGGCCAGUUGUGGAUCCCCUACCAUCAUAUGGUCGUGGAAGGGAGUUGCCGGGUGGAAGGCAUAGAAGCCUCAUUUACGGACGCAAUUUGACUGAUGUCAUUAUAACAGGUAAUAAUGGAACUAUAGAUGGUCAAGGGAGUAUCUGGUGGAGCAAAUUUGAGAAUAAAACAUUGGAUUAUACACGUCCUCAUCUGGUUGAGUUGAUGAAUUCAACGGAGGUUCUCAUUUCAAACUUAACCUUCUUGAAUUCACCAUUUUGGACUAUUCAUCCUGUAUAUUGCAGCCAUGUUACAGUUCAGAAUGUCACCAUCCUUGCUCCUCUUAGUUCACCAAAUACUGAUGGGAUUGAUCCAGAUUCUUCGGACGAUGUAUGCAUUGAAGACUGUUAUAUAAGCACCGGUGAUGACCUGAUUUCCAUCAAAAGUGGAUGGGAUCAAUAUGGCAUUUCAUUUGGUCGACCUAGUACAAACAUCGUCAUCCGCAGGCUCGUUGGGAAAACUACGAGUGCAGGAAUCGCUAUCGGAAGUGAGAUGUCUGGAGGUGUGUCAGAAGUCCAUGCAGAAGAUAUUUAUAUUUUUGAUUCGCGCAGCGCAAUCAGAAUUAAGACUUCUCCUGGCAGGGGUGGUUAUGUUAGAAAUGUCUAUAUCUCUAACAUGACCUUGGCUAAUAUAGAUAUUGCUAUCAGGUUCACUGGUUUAUAUGGAGAACAUCCAGAUGAAGCUUAUGACCCGGACGCCCUACCUCUAAUUGAAAGAAUUACUAUCAAGGAUGUGAUAGGGGAAAAUGUCAAACGCGCCGGCCUUAUACAGGGCAUAAAAGGUUAUGACUUUGUCAAUAUCUGUCUAUCCAACAUUAGCCUUAAUGUGAGCUCAAAAGUUCCAUGGAACUGCUCUGACGUUAAAGGAUACUCAGACUUGGUUUCGCCGGAAGUUUGUGAACCUCUCAAAGAGAGAAUAUUCCCUGAGCAUUGGUCAGACUGUUACAAGCUGCCAAACCAGCUAAAGAGUUCAAGUGAUAGAAGCAGAGGUGCUUGGUUGCGGUCUUGGUAAAUUAUGACAUAUGCUGCCAAAGUUCACUUGUAGCUGAAAUUGGAUUGGUGAGUUUUUUUCAGCAGGAAAAGUUUUACCUGACAGAAGAAGUUAAAUGAUGUUGCUGAUCUGUUGUUGUCCGUCUGCAGAAUGAUACUGAGAUGAUUUUCUUGUAACGUGUGCAAUAACGAAUAAUUGAGUGAUUUAUCUGAAAUGUGAAUGUAAUGAUUUCAUCUCUUUCUUUUCUAGCUACACAUGGUUUUGGAAAAGAAAAAUGAAAAUAAUGUUUAUUCAAAAGAAAUACAAGGAAAAGAAUGUCUUUGGCUGUUGAUAAAGCUAAGAAGAUAUGGUUACUCUAA